GAAAGUGCCACCGUGUCCUUAAAAAGACAAACCCACAUUAUUCUCAGUGUAACUGUCCAUGGUUUUCCUUACCUACCUUACAGUGUGCACGUGGUGAACUGUAAAUACACACAAUCGAAGUGUAUUGGAAUAUGUACGUGAGUUUUAGUGUAAAUUUUCAAUCUGGAUCACCGCAGCAAGAGAAGCAGAGGCAAGAGAGGGGAGAUCUCCAAAACCAGACUCCUCCUGUCCAAAAACAACAUGUUCUCCAAAUUCACCUCCAUCCUACAGCACGCUGUCGAGGCGCUUGCGCCAUCACUGCCCUUGCAAGAGGACUUUGUCUAUCAUUGGAAGGCCAUCACACAUUACUACAUAGAGACCUCAGAUGACAAAGCCCCGGUGACGGAUACCAACAUCCCCUCCCACCUGCAGCAGAUGCUGGAUAUUCUGACCCAGGAGGAGAGGGAAAGAGAGUCAGGAGAGACGGGACCCUGUAUGGAAUAUCUUCUCCACCACAAGAUCCUGGAGACACUCUACACCCUGGGCAAGGCAGAUUGCCCUCCUGGAAUGAAACAGCAGGUUCUGAGUUUCUACACUAAGUUGCUGGGUCGAAUUCGCCAGCCGCUCCUGCCUCACAUCAAUGUGCACAGACCUGUACAGAAACUGAUCCAUCUGUGUGGGGAGGUUCUGGCUGCUCCUACAGAGAAUGAAGAGAUUCAGUUUCUGUGUACCGUCUGUGCCAAACUUAAGCAGGACCCUUACCUCGUCAACUUCUUCCUGGAAAAUAAGACAAAAAAGUUGGAAGCUGCUAAAGAUGAUGGAGAUGAUUUAGUAAAAGAGGAUCCAUCCUCUCCAGACACGGGGCAGAAUCGGAACCAAAAUAUCAGUCCAGUCAAAUCCACCCAGGAAGAUGCAGUGCAUAAAGCCACCAACCCAGGAGAAGCUAGUCCCUCCGUCCAUUCUACACUGUCAAACAAUGACAACUGCAACCUAGUCAACUCCUUGCUCAACCUCACUAAGAGUCCGGAUGGGCGUAUUGUGGUGAAAGCAUGUGAGGGGCUGAUGCUGAUAGUCAGUUUGCCUGAACCGGCUGCAGCCAAAUGCCUCACUGAGAACACCGAGCUCAGUCACCUGCUCACAGACCGGCUGGCACAGUUCUACCGGGCCCUGCCACAGUCCAUGGACCCCCUUGACAUAGAAACUGUGGAGUCUGUAAACUGGGGGUUGGAUGUGUAUAAUCUAAAGGAGGAUGCUGUGGCUUUUGCUGGCAAACGUGCACUCAUUUCCUUCCUAUCAUGGCUGGACUACUGCGAUCAGCUCAUCAAAGAGGCUCAGAAGACAGCUGCUGCAGUUCUGGCCCGUGCCGUUAGAGAAUGUUUUUUUGUUGCUGUAAUGGAGCCUCAGCUAAUGCAAACGUCAGAGGUCGGUAUUCUGACGUCCACAGCCCUGUUAAACAGGAUCAUAAGACAGGUGACUUCAGAGGCUCUGUUGCAAGAGACAGUUUACUUCUUGUUGGGAGAGGAAACAGGACCAGAGACACUUGCUGGCAUUACCCAGCAUCCCCUGAGGCACAGACUCAUAGAACACUGUGACCACCUGUCAGAUGAGAUCAGCAUCAUGACUCUAAGGCUGUUUGAGCAUCUGCUGCAGAAGCCUUGUCAGCACAUUCUACAGAACCUGGUGCUGCGCUGCUUAGAGGAACGCAACUACAUGGAAAACAAACAGCCAGAGGAACGAGAGGAGCGGGAACACAUGGAGAACGGCCAACCACAUGAUGCUGUAGAUCUGGAGGAAGACCCGCUGUUCUCAGACCUUUCCCCUGAUAACAGACUCUCCAGUCCUGAUUGGUUAAGGUGCUCUCCGCCACAGAGCACAGAACACACCAAACCUGAUGGGAAGACCGAGGUUCACAAGAUAGUUAACAGUUUCUUGUGUUUGGUGCCAGAUGAGGCAAAAUCGUCCUAUCAGGUUGAGGGCACAGGCUAUGACACUUACUUGAGAGAUGCACACAGACAGUUUCGGGACUUCUGUGGGGUUUGUCAGAGGUGGGACUGGCGAAGCUGUCCCAAACCCUUUGAGAAGUGUGAUCUGGAAAGUCCUUUUUUCGAGGGACACUUCCUCAAAGUGCUGUUUGACAGAAUGGGACGAAUCCUUGACCAGCCGUAUGAUGUUAACCUGCAGGUGACGUCUGUGCUGUCUAAACUCUCUCUGUUGCCUCACGCUCAUCUUCAUGAGUAUCUGCUCGACCCAUACAUUAACCUGGCGCCGGGCUGCAGGUCUCUCUUCUCAGUCAUUGUCAGGGUGGUUGGAGAUCUGAUGUUGAGAACUCACCGCAUUCCUGAUUUCACCCCUAAACUUCUGCUGGUGAGGAAGAGACUCCUGGGACUCGAGCCUGAGGGGAUGAGCAUUGAUCACGUGACAUUGCUCGAGGGGAUCAUUGUUCUGGAGGAGUUCUGCAAAGAGCUUGCCGCUAUAGCAUUUGUCAAGUUUCAUGCAUCCGCCUCCACUUCUCCCUGAAUGUUUGCCGCCGUACGCGGGACACAAACGGAUGAAUAAACAGACGAAAGGGGGAGGAUGACACAGGAAUGGUAAACCAAACUGCACUCAUCCCUCAGCGCAGACUGCAGCCUGCGACAAAACGUGCAUUCUGGGAUGUUUCUUGCACGGUAUCUGGGGAUGUUUCAAUAACUGGCUGAGCAAACCGCUCUGAUAAAGGCAUUGGAGAGACAAACUGAAUUUUGGAAUGACUUUUCACUCUUGCAGAACAGUCCAGCUGGAGAGGAGAUAAAGUAAAAAACUGUAUUAAUUCAUAUCUUAAGAACAAUAUGUAAUGCCAAAAAAUUCUGUCUGUAAGUAAAAACAGAAUCUAUUUAAAUACGAAGUUCAAAAAUGGCAGAACACACUAAAUUGAAUAUUUAACUGUGCAUUAUUGUUUGUUAGUUACAGGAUCAAAGAUACUGUUUUUUUGCGUUCUUUGUUCUUCUGAGAAAAAAAAUCACUAGUAGCUAAAUACGAAUGUCAAAUGCUACAUAAAAUCAUUUGUGAUGUAAAAUCGCAAUAACUCAGGAUUCAAUGUCUGUUUUUAAACAAUUGGAGAAUCUGAAAAAGUUUUUAAGCUAGUCCUCUCUUUUUCUUUCUGAUGUUAUUUGCCGCUGUUGUAAACCGUAUUAAAAGCAGUGUGGAAUCUGAAUUGGAACGAUCUGAAUCAGACUUAACACAUUUGCACUCUGUAAACAAACCUGAUUCAAUUCCACUGACAUGGGUCCCCGGAGAGUGGUUCAGCCUUUAUUUUCUUGACAGUGUUCCUAAAACAUUUUAGUUGUGUAACUUAAUUAUGUUAUGUGUGUGCCUUGGUUUCAGCUCGACAAUAGCUGUUUCCAUCAUCUUGUAUCAUCAUGUAUUUAUUACAGGUUUAAAAUGACAUUUAAAUAGGUCAUGACAUGGGUUUUUUUAUUGUAUUAUUAUGUUCCCUUAGGUGCAAUUAUAGUAUUAAUAUGUUUUUUUUUAAGAAAAACUUUUAAAAUCUAGUGAUUUAUGACCUUUUCGCACCCUGUUUCUCAUCCUCUGAUUCAAACAGUCUGUUUUGGGGGCAUUUUCCAUUUAAGACUUCAGUGUUAACGCCCACUGUUAUGAUUGGCUAACGUCAGUGCCUAUGUAUCAAUUAUUGACGCCCCCAGCCAGAACAAUAUGCAAGUAAACUAAGUAAAAACACUGUGAUUAUUCAUAAUGAAUGAAAUUGCGCUUUAAAAAGUAGUUUAAAGUUUAAAAUAGAUUACUUACAGUUUGCGUCGUCGUUGUUCCCAGAAUAGUCGGCACGGACUUAUCUUUGAGCAACAGUUUUCUGGCAAAGCCAGCAUCAUAUUGAGAUUUGUUCUCAAAACAGUCAUCCUUAAAAUGUACAGAACAAACGCUUAAGUUAACACUGCCGUGACUGGGACGUCCGCAAAAAAUAAACUGCAUCCAUUUUUCCCUGACGUCUGGAUCUUUCGGCAGCUUAUUCAGAGGUUUUGUUUGACCGCAGCCAGGAACAGCACAUCUGUGUGGCAUCGUAAUUUUCCUGUGCACAAGUAGUCUCUGUCAGAGCUCGCUGUCCAUCGACUGAACACUUGUGAGGCGCACGGCGAUACGAAAUGAGCGUAGUUGUCUUGUGCUGGAGGCGGUCAUAUGCAAACGCUGGUACGUCACUUCUAACCGUCACGUCACUUCUAACCAUGAAUCCAGAACGAGCUGUAUUUUGAGCUUGAUUAAAUAAAUGAUUCGUUUAGAAUGGGGAGGACGUCUUAAAAUAUUAAACUUGCAGGACGUUUUAAUGAUACAAAGACCUCUUAUAUACCAAAAGAUCAAGGCAAAUUUGGUUUCUCAUGUCAUGACCCCUUUAAAGGAAUAGUUCACCCAUCAUACUUCCCCAAAUGUUGUUUCAACCCUGUAUCAUUUUCUUUUGUCCAUGAAACACAAAAGGAGAUCCUAGGAUUGCCGGGCAGCUCUUUUUUCUGUAUAACAAAUUUGGUUUGUCAUUUAUGAUGUUAAGCUCCAACAAGCACCAUAAAAUUAGUCCAUGCGACUUGUGUGCUAUAUUCAAAGUCUUCUGGAAAAAUUAGAUAACUUUAGUGUUAGGAACAGACCAAAAUUGAAGUUGUGAUUGAAUGAUAAUCAUCCCCUCCGCCAGAGCUCACAAAUCUCAUUCGUGCUUGUGUUCAAUUCGACAGUAGCAUCUUUGGAUUCAUCGUGCCAGGUUUGAGAGCUACAGCCGAGGGGAAGAUUUUCAGUGAAUAAUAACUGAAAUUGCAGUUCUAUGACUUGUAAAUGCAUGAGUCAUAAUGGCUACUUUUAGGAUACCUCUAUGGUGCUUUUUAUUUCUCCCUAAUUUGGAAUUACCAAUGUGCUCUAAAUCGUCGUGUUGGUGUAGUGACUCAAUCCGGAUGGCAGAGUCAAUUUGGUUGCUUUGGAGACCUGACUGAGCUCACCCUGGAUUCAAAUUUGCAACUCCAGGGGUGGUAGUCCACCCCUGGAGUUGCCCAGUACUGGCUGAGCUACCCAGGCCCCCUGCUUUUUUGUCCUUUUUAGAGCUUGGCAGUAAAUAUCACCAUCCACUUUCUUUGUAUGGAAAUGAGAAAUGAGCUUCUCAGACUUUCUACCUAUAAGAUAUUAUUUUGUGUUUCAUAGACAAAAGAAAACAAAUACAGGGUGAGUAAAUUAUUACCAUUUUAAAUUGUGGGGUGAAUUAACUAUUUCUUAUAUUUGCAUUAUCUAGCAGUAUGAAAUUAUACCAGCAAGUGUUAUCAGGCUAAGCUCCUUCUCUUUGAAAAGGGACACACUGUUCUAAAACCAGACUGUGUACAUUUGGCAAAGAAGGGGCACAGCUUGAAAGAGUUGUUUUUUAGUUUUUGGAAGAGGUAGCUUCCAGGGCCUUCUCAAAAUGGCUUGACAUUGCGGCUUUUAUGUAAUGUUCUUUACAGGGUUUAGACCAAUGUUUGUGGUAAAAAAAAUUUUUCUUAAACUUUCAAAAAUGAAUUGCAUUUUCCAUCCAUCAUAUAUUUAAAGCUGCAUCAAUGUGUUGCAUUUAUAGCCACAAGAGUUGCACACUAGGGUAUAUUUGUCAGUUUUACAUAUGCAUAAAUGUUAUGUCUGUCUUUUUAAUUUUAUUUUCUUUAAAAAAACCAAAGGAUCCGCAUAGGAGCAUUUUGUCUGUCUCAGAGAAAAAGAACAAUAUAGCAUCUUUUCAUUGUUAAUCGUGCACAUUUUAUACCAAGUUCUGAAUCAUUUUUGAACCAUGUAUAUACAAAUGUACAAUUAUAACCGUAGACAUGUCUGGUGUGAAAUGCAUGCAUAUUCCCUUUCUCUCCCUGACUUAAUCAAUAGUCUUUUGUCUUCAGUUGCCUAUUUAUGUGGAUAUUUGUGAUGCCUUAUUUUAAAUGCAGUGAAUGUGAUAGUAUAUGACCUCUGCAGUCCUUGAUUUCAGUUGUCUAAGAAAAAAAAUAUUUUUUUAAAGUUGUAAAAACAUGUAUUCCAAUUGGUUUAAAAAAAAAAGAAUCUGGUCUUCUGAGAACUUAUAAAGUUUUGUUUUCUCCAUGUAAUUCAUCUGCGUAGACCUACAGGUGUUUUGCAUGACAUAUGUGUUCCCAUUAAUGUACAGAUUACAGUUAUUUGUCAGACAAGUUGAAUUUGAACGUCACUGCCAUGGUGUCACAACAUGACACUUUUUAAAAGAACAAGGAUGUUAAAUGGGUUGCUUUUUGGGAUAAAAUGACAUUUGAUCUGAAUUGCUUAAUUUUGGGGCUGUAAAACUCUGCAGUGAGAAUUGCUUUCUCCUGUGGCUUUCCUUUAUUCACUUCAGUCAGUCCCAAUUAAAACAUUUGCUUUCUUCAAAUUUGGUUUGGAUUGGUAUUGCAAUUUUCGCUUUUCAGACCACAUUCUCUGCAUGCAACUAGCAUCUUUCUGGAAAAAUAUGGAACAGUGUUCUAACUGAGGCCCUGAUUCAACACCCAUGAUUUGUGUGGUCAUCACUCCCAAAACGUUGCCAUGUAUGUGACCAGUAAAAAAACAUCUCAACAGAAAUCCCUAUCUUGCCAAGAGAUGACAGUUAGCAUCAAAUGAACAAGUUGAAAUCAACGUGAAACAGCAUGAAGGAAAGUUGUUAUAAAGCUUGAGAAAGUUAUUAUAAAUUAUUUUAUCAUCUCUCAUUUCC